AUGGGUAAGCGUCAAGCUUUCCCCGUGCCCCCCUCUUCGUUCUCCUCCAUCUCCUCUUUCCCCAAGCUUGUCAACCCGGCGGAUCGGGUGCAACGGUCAUCCAGCCCCGUGGGAUGUGAUCAGCCCGUGGGGACCAUAAGAGUUGCUUCUUCCCCAUGGGAGACGUGGGAUGAUAUUUGGCCAGACCAUCGUCCGUCCCUUCGUCUCAUCUUCACCACCCCGCGUUCUCCUCUCCCUCUCUCUCUGCUUCCCUCUCCCUUCCCUUCUUGCUUGGCGUUAUCAACUCUCAUCUCUUCCAUCAUCAAAAACUCAGAAGUUCUGCUUGUCGUCAUCCUGCCUUGA